AAAAUAACAAACAAAAUGCUGAAAUUUGCUCUUCCGUGCCUGGCUCUGUUGGCUCUUGGCAGCGCGCUGAAAAUUCACGAUUACGAGCAUGAGGAGCACGCCAAAUACGAGCCGCAGCACGAAGAGACCGAGGUGCACCAUGAGGUGGAUCAUAAGCACGCCACAUCGCAUCAGAGCGUCAAGUUCCAUCAUUAUCAUGCGGUGCCCGUCUACAUCAAGCACGAGGACCAGCACCUGAUCAAGAAGCCCAUCGAGAUCGGCGGCACCAAGCAGAAGUUGAAGAUCCUCCACCCCAAGACCGAGCACAAUCACAACCACGGCCUGGUGCUGGAAAGCCACAGCGAAUCGCAUGUGCACGAGCACGGCCACUACGAGGAGCCAGUGCAUCAUUCCGAGCACUACGAGCACUACUCGCACCACGAGUAGGCGCAGCCUCGCUAAACUCUCUGCAUAAAUUCAAUUUUGUUUUUUU